GCUUCGACCUGCAGCAUACUAGGUAGCACUCAUUUGGAGGAAGUGUCUUACCAUGAACGUCUGGACUGAGCACCGCAAUCCGGAGGGUCGCACAUAUUGGUUCAACACCAAUACGAGGGAGAGCGUAUGGGAGAAACCAGACGAUCUGAAGACUCCUUUCGAGAAAGCCCUCAAUCAGACGAAGUGGAAAGAAUACUUCUCGGGAGGACGGAAGUACUACUAUAAUACGGAGACGAAGGAGUCAAAAUGGGACAUGCCAGAUGAGUUGCUCUUACUUCUAGAGAAGGUCGAAAAGGAACGGAAGGCAGCGCCUCAGCCCGCCUUAGCACUUGUUCCAACCGGCGCACCCGGUGGCUUUGCCGCAGCAGGCGGCGCUGCUCCGACACAAGGUGCUCCCAACGCUCUCGCUGGGACUGACCCAUCCUCAUUCCCACCCGGUUCCCAGCCGCAACUCAACGGUCAGAAUGGUGCCAUAGGCCACCAUACUGGCGUUCUUCCUUACGCCCCGUCGAGCGUACUCCCUCCACGCCCUAAUCUGCCUGAUGACCCGGUCAUUCCUCACAACGGCUUUGCAACUGUGGAAGAAGGCGAGAAGGCGUUUGUUCACCUGUUGAGGAAGGCGGGCGUAGAUGCGAACUGGACGUGGGAUCAGACUAUGAGGGCUAUCAUCACUGAUCCCCUCUAUAAGGCGCUGAACACGCUGGCGGAAAAGAAGGCGGCGUGGCAGAAGUACGUGGAUGGACUUCGGGCUAAGGAGCAGGAAGAGCGGGAGGCCCGUCUUUUAAAGCUCCGUCCAUCCAUCCGCAACAUGCUGAAAGGAAAUCCUAAUGUGUUCCACUACACGACCUUCGCCACUGCUGACAAGCUGUUCGCUCAGCAUCCAAUCUGGCAGCAGGCAAAGGUUGAGGCAGAACGAAGACUCAUCUUCGAAGAGUACGUUGCUGAGCUCAAGCAGCGCGAGGUGCAAGAAAGCCGUGCUGCCCGUGCGCGAAGUAUCUCCAAGAUCGUAGCGUUGUUCAAGCGUCUUGACGUGGACGUCCUCACGAAGUGGCGGCAAGCACAUCACAUGGUGGUCGACUCUGACGAGUGGAAGGAUGACCCUGAGCUGCAGCAGCUGCCCACCCUGGAUAUCCUCCUCGCCUUCGAAGACUACAGUCGAGUUCGUGAGCGUGAGUUUGAGGAGCAGAUGCGGCGUCGCCAAGUUGAGAAAACGCGCCGAGAGCGCAAGGCCAGGGAGGCGUUUAGGGAAUUGCUCAAUGGGCUUGAGAAGUCGGGCGAGAUCAAGGCACGCACCAAGUGGAAGCACGUCUACCCCACCUUCGCCAACGACAAGCGGUACCUUGACAUGCUCGGUAACCCUGGCUCUAAUCCAAUUGAGCUGUUUUGGGACAUCGUCGAUGCACUCGAUCAGAAGUUGGAGGCGAAGAUAGCUAUCGCGGAGGGCGCCAUCAAGCGGUACAACAAGGACCUCGAAGACAAGAUGAAGGAAGAUGGCGACGCUACUGGUGCUGAUGGCGCGGCGGCUGAGUCUAAGCCCUUUGAGGUCAGCUCGGAGACGACCGAGGAAGAGUUCCUAGCGAUAGUCAAGGCAGAUCCGGAUGAGAGCAUCAAGACGCUCUCGGACGAGGACUUGAAGGAAAUAUACCACUCCCUGCACGAUGUCGCGGUAAAGAAGCAGGCAGAUGAGAAGCGCCGCGCGGAACGGAAGCAACGGCACCUCCAAGAUGAUCUUCGAUACGCCCUCAAGAAGGUGCCCGAGCUUCACGACGCCAACCUGUCGUACGAUGAGGCUGUUCCCUAUAUGCAAGAGCUUCCGGAAUACAAAGCGAUCGAGGACGACGAAGGGCGGAAGGCGGCGUUCGCGAAGUUCGUCAAGAGGCAGAAGGAACGCUUGCGAGAGCGUGAACGUGAGGCGUCCGAAGACGGGGCAUCCACUACAAGCCGUAGGAGGAAGGAGCCUGCAAGGGAACGCGAAGCUGAUCGCGACCGCGAACGGGACAGAGACCAUCGUGACCGAGAUCGCGACAGGGAGCCUGAACGCGACCGGCACCACGACCGCGAUAGCAGGAGUGACCGAGGUCGGGACAGAAAGCCUCACGACCACGACAGCAGUCACGCGCGCCACUCCGACAGGGACUACGCUCGGGACCGCGACUACUCAAAAGACAAACUAUACAAAGACAGAGAACGGGAGCGGGACAGGGAUCGGGACCGUGACCGCGACAGAGACUACUACAGCAAAUCUUCUAGACACCGCGACCACGACAGAGACGAUCGGCGCCGUAGCGAGCAUAGGAGCGGCCGUGAGUGGGAUGAUGGUUAUAGCGGACGCGACAGUGUGCCCCCGCACAAGGAACGAGAGCGGGAGCGAGGCGACUCCCUCUACCGCGAGCCGGAUCCUCGGGAUAAGCGUGAUCGUGGCACGUACGAGGACCGGCCGCUCGAUGAACGAGACCAGAAGAGGCCACGUUACAGCGUGCCCCCAGAAGCUGCCACGGUUGUCACAGCCGAGCCGGUCGAGCCACCUCCGCGUGCUGAGACUCCAGAGGAAGGCGAGAUAUAAUACGCAAGCAUGUGUCAUCGUGCCGUGGAUAGAUUAGUAUGUCAUGUAUGCUAUGCUGCUAUGGGACCCAUGAACGCGAGUAAUACUAUGACGAUGGGUUCUCUACAAUGUCAAUGGGACCAAUGCGCAGACGAGUGUAUGUUUGCUUAUGCCUGACGGUGCGCUCGUAACCCUUUCUCCUCUUCUUCUUGAAGAUAACCUCCAUCUUGCCCUUGGUAUGCUCAACGACCGUCGCUUCCACCUUGACCUGCUCUGGAGGUAUGGUAGGGUUGCCACGGAUCGUGUACUCGCGUGAGCCGAUCUCGUGGAUGUCGGACAGCUUGAGGACGUCGCCGACUUGUACGUCGUUAAGACGUGGCACGGUCAGAAGGUCACGAGGUGUGAGGAGGUAUUUUCUGCCGGCCAGGCUGGCAAUCACGUAGUGAGAUGGUUGUGAACGGAGCAGGGAAAGGGCAUUGGGCGUCGUGGAUGGAGAGCCGGUUUGCGUGUGCAGCGCGCGUGCAGCGACACCGCGCAGGGUUGGUCGCAGGAGAGAAGCCAUUGCCGACGAGCG